GGAAGACCAGGUAAAAGUUCGUCAAACAGCGGCUCGACAUGUUGUGCAUCAUUAUAACACAGAACGUUGUAUUCCCGUCACCGGUUCAUCGGACCAUUAGUUAAUUCACCGAGCGGAAUACUACAUCCACCUGAGGGAUGGUCCGCGGCAUCUCCUCCGGCUGCUUUGCCCAGGCGGCGGAGCGGCACAGCACCGCGCUCAGCUUCUCGCUGCUGUCCGCGGGCUACGUGCUCUACCUCCUGCUUGGCGCCGGGAUCUUCUCCGCCAUCGAACUGCCCUACGAGGAGCGGCUGCGGCAGGACCUGAAGCAGGUCCGCCAGGAGUUCCUGGACCAGAACGAGUGCGUGUCCGACGCCCGGCUGGAAGAGCUCCUGGCACGGGCGAUCGAGGCCAGCAACUACGGGGUGUCUGUGCUGGGGAACCAGACCGAGCCCAACAACUGGGACUUUGUGUCCGCUCUGUUCUUCACCAGCACCGUGCUGACCACCACCGGCUACGGCCACACCGUGCCCCUCUCUGACGGGGGGAAGGCGUUCUGCGUGCUCUACUCUCUGGUGGGCAUCCCCAUCACGCUGCUCUUCCUGUCGGCCGUGGUGCAGCGCCUCAUGGUGGUGGUGACGCGCCGGCCCGUGGCCUACUUCCACCGCCGCUGGGGCGUGUCCCGCGCCCGGCUGGCGGCGGCGCACGCGGCGUGCCUCGCAGCGCUCGCCGCCGUCUUCCUCCUCUUCAUCCCGGCGGGCGUGUUCGUGGCGGUGGAGCAGGACUGGAGCUUCCUGGAGGCGCUGUACUUCUGCUUCAUCUCGCUGUCCACCAUCGGCCUGGGGGACUACGUCCCCGGGGAGAACGACCCAGAGGGGGCGCACGCCCACGGGCAGCUGUACCGCCUGGCCAUCACGGUCUACCUGCUGCUGGGUCUGGUGUGCGUACUGGUUGUCCUGGAGACGUGCUGUGAGCUCCCACAGCUCCGCGGCAUCAAGCAGCGCUUCUACUGGGACGGCGGCCGCGACCCCGACUCGGAGACCACCAACAUUAUCGACAGCGACCACCUGACCCAGGAGGCCGUCGCCGCCGGCGACAGCCCCGGCCCCGUCCCCGCCUCCAUCCCGUCCGUGUCGGAGCAGGCCGCCAGCCUCCGUCGCCACGGCAACAACAACGUCAACGUCAACCUCAACCGGUCCCUCGCCACCACGCCCUACACGCCGGCGGCAAACUCCGACGCCGUCAACGGCUUUUUCAGUUGACCCAACCCCUCCUCCCCCUCCCCUGAGUGGGUCACUGAACCGACCCGGGACCCGGCUGGGGUCUGGGUCUGGGUCCGGGUCUGGACCUCGAGGGGCGCUUAAGACCCCAAGACACAUGAACUAUUUAUUGCUCUAUAGGAGACGGUCUUCCAGGACGUGAUGGAUCUACAGGGCUGAGCAUCCACGGGUUAUAUCUGUAUUAUAUAUCUAGGUUAGAGGAGAAUUGGAGGGUUUAUCCUACCCCUCCAUGGGUUACUAUGUUUGGAGUAUCAGCAAAUUGGUUAAUGCCCUCCAUCAAGAUUCUGGCUUCAUUCACAGCCUCCACCUCCGCUGCUGUUUGGACGAGGCCUGGAAGGAAAUGAUUCACUUCAUCUGAGAGGAACCGCAAAUCGCCGGACAUUUCCCGUCGUUUCGCCAUGACCUCAGAGCCACACCGGGACUGCGCUAUCAGACCUCACAGAAGAGGAGGGCCUUCACCCACACUAACCCUUAAGCUUCUUGUUUAGUUAAGCAUUUCCCUCUGCUCAGCAAAAGACCCCCUUACGAGCAUAAUCACAGGAUAAUGUCAUGUUUCCAUCGCCGCCGAAGACGCUGUUCAGGAAAAGGUUCAACCAGGAAACAAACGGCGAGAGGUAUUUGCAGAGAGGGCGAGAAACGCGAUGGGAGGUGAUUCACUGCCGGCCACAAAGGAAGGACCGGGCAGGGUGAGGCUCCAGUGGCACCAGGCCGCCCUGCCCUCCUCUGGGGCCACACAACCAGAGAUAAGGGCCCCGGGAAGGGGCAGCAGGGAAGGGUGGGGAUGUGGCCCUGC